GAGGCACACACCUCAGACCUCCUCACUCACCCAUACCAUCCUUGCCGUAUGACUUAGCUGCAAUUUCCCCCCCCUCCUUCUCUCUCCGUGGCCGCUUCCGACCUGGGCCGCGUUUACUGCUCGAAGUGCGAUUUCGUUGGCAUCAAUAUGUCGGAUCCCAGCUCGCGGCGCGAUAACGGCCAACACCGCUCGUGGCGGGCCCAAUUUGUCAACUUCUUCCGUGGACCUUCGUCAAGCAGCCCCCAGACAGAACCAGUCCCGGAGACCCUAGAACCCAGCGACAGAACCCACUUGUUAAAAUUGGAUAAUGAAGAGGGUCCUGCGUAUGGCGCCAGAGACUCCUGUAGCCAACCGCCCAUAGGGCGGGAAGGAAAUCACCAAUGGGGCCCAUACUCGAUGCCGGGGACUGAUGAGCAGACUGCUAUCCCAGGCGACCAUGACGGAACACAUUUUGUACAGGGGCCAGAGAACAUGCCCAGGCUAGGGCCAACCAUCACAUGGCCCGUCGAGAACCAUAAAUCCCUAUAUAUAUCCUACUACAUUCCCUUCUUCAACUGGAUACCCCAGUAUCGUUGGUCCUUCUUCCGGGGCGACUUGAUUGCAGCUUUGACAAUCGCAUCGAUCUAUAUUCCGAUGGCGCUCUCAUUAGCUUCAAACCUCGCGCAUGCACCAGCCCUCAACGGUCUUUACUCAUUCGUGUUUCACCCCUUGAUCUAUGCGAUCUUAGGAAGCAGCCCUCUCUUGGUUGUGGGUCCAGAGGCAGCUGGGUCUCUACUGACUGGCACCAUUGUCAAAUCCAGCGUCAACCUAGGUCAUUCGCGAGAGGACGACGAGGCCGCCAGCGCCAUGGUGGUGGGCAUAGCGACUGCUAUGGCGGGAGCCAUGAUAUUAAUUGCCGGGCUGACUCGGUUGGGCUUCCUGGAUAAUGUGCUCAGCAGGCCAUUUUUGAGAGGCUUCAUCACCGCGAUCGGCUUUGUUAUUUUUGUGGAUCAGCUCAUUCCAGAGGUCGGCUUGGCUGAGUUGGCCAAGGACUCUGGUGUAAGCCAUGGAAGCACGGUGGAAAAGCUGGUGUUCCUCGCGGAGAAUAUCAGGUCAUGCCACGGCCUAACGGCUGCAGUAUCCUUCGGUAGCUUCGCCAUUAUAAUGCUGUUUCGAACGAUAAAAAAGGCAUUGGAGCCACGGUACCCCCAGGUCGUGUACUUCCCCGACCGCAUCAUUGUUGUUAUUCUGUCGGCCAUUCUGACCUGGAAGCUUGGCUGGUAUGAGAAGGGGCUCGAAGUUCUCGGUCCAGUUCAAAAUACUGCGAAUGGCCUUUUCGCAUUCAGGUGGCCCUUUCAGCUCAAGCACUUGAAGCAUGUGCGUACUGGAAUGAGCACGUCUUUCAUGAUUGCGAUCCUUGGGUUCUUCGAAUCCUCCGUUGCCGCCAAGGGACUCGGGGAGAAGCGAGAUGGCGUGCAGGGCAUGUCUGUAAGCGCGAACCGGGAAAUGGUUGCUCUGGGCGUCGCCAAUGUCGUCGGGGGUUGCUUCAUGGCGCUUCCUGCGUUCGGCGGAUAUGGAAGAAGCAAGGUCAACUCUUCAACGGGCGCUCGCUCUCCUAUGAGCAGUAUUUUCCUCAGUAUCAUUACAUUCGUCUGCAUUAUGGUGCUCUUGCCAUACUUGUAUUACCUCCCGAAAGCUGUCCUAAGUUCUACGAUUUCUGUUGUCGCAUAUAGUCUUAUAGAGGAAUGUCCCCAUGACGUCGCAUUCUUUCUUCGGUUGCGCGGUUGGUCCGAACUCGCUCUUAUGCUCCUCAUCUUUGUCUCGACGAUUUUCUAUUCCUUAGAGUUGGGCAUCGCGCUGGGCAUUGGUCUCUCCAUUUUGAUUCUCAUCCGCCACUCCACCCAGCCUCGCAUUCAGAUUCUUGGGAAGUUAGCCGGUACAUCUAACCAAUUCGACAAUGCCGAACUACACGCAGAGAAUGUUGAACUCAUAGAGGGCGCGCUCAUCGUCAAGAUUCCGGAGCCGCUCACGUUCGCAAACACCGGUGAUCUCAAGAAUCGCUUGCGACGUCUAGAAUUCUACGGCUCCAACCGCGCCCACCCUUCCCUCCCGCGGUUGCGAUCGCCGGAGCAUAAUAAGAACAUCAUCUUCGACGUCCAUGGCGUCACAAGUAUCGAUGGCUCCGGGACCCAAGUCCUGUCCGAGAUUGUGAAUGAUUACAAUUAUCUGGGAGUCAAGGUUUUCUUCUGCCGUGUUCCAAAUCGCGACGUGUUCCGCAGGUUCGAAAGGAGCGGCAUAGUUGAGCGAUGCGGUGGGAUGUCUCAUUUCGUCUCCAGCGUCGACGAGGCACUUCGAUUCGCUGAAUCGGAGGUUCGCCCGUUGGAACCCUGAAGUUCAAGCUGACGUCAGGACGUCAGGACGUGUACAUGAUCUGGUUCCAUAAUACAAUAUAUAUACACUGUGCUCCGU